AUGCCUUUUGAUCCCUCGACUCUAAAGGCAUCCGCUCAGCUUUACUCAUCCUCGGAUUCCGAAGAAGACGAGGACGACGACGCGUUCCAGAUUCCAAACGCGAACCCCGACGCCGACGAGUUCGCAGACCACAACCCCCGGAAACGUAGGAGGACAGGACGCGACGCGAAAGAAAGUGCCGCGCUGGGCGUCUUUGGCUCCGAGAGCGAGGACGACGGGCCGGGGAAUCGGUGGAAACACAAGAAGUUACGUCACAAGGGCGUUGCUUUUGUGUCCUCGAAUGAUGCCAAGAAGAGCGGCGACGACGACGAAGACGAGGAUGAGGACGAACUGCGGUACACCGGGCUAGGUUCCAUGCACGGCAGGCCAAGCGAAGAAAAGGAUGACGAGGAAGAAGAUGAUGCGCCAACGGGGGGCUUAGGUUUUGGCUUUGCGGCGCAAAAGGUGGCACAAGAUACCACCUGGGCUGCUGGAAGUCGAACUUCACAAAAGUUUGGAAACCUCUUCAAAAAGUCCACCUCUUCUGCCGACACGCCGCUCGGCCGAGGCUUCGUGCCGACUUCUUCCUUCAUCCCGCAGCUCAAGCCGCGUGACGACGAAAAUGAUGCGCCCGCGACUCCGAUCGCCCGCCCGAGCGCUUUUUCUAGCGCGCGUGCCGGCAAGGGGAAAAAAGGAGCCGCCAGCGGACCAAACCCCAAUUCCUUUGGUGCGAGGAUGAUGGCCAAGAUGGGGUACACGGAAGGCACUGGUCUUGGUGCGGAGGGGCAAGGUCGCAACGUCAUUAUCGAGGCCAACUUGCGACCUCAAAGAGCAGGUCUUGGUGUCGUUAGGGAAAAGACCGAAACAGAACGGCAGGAAGAGAAACGCCAGGCCAGAAUGCGCGGUGAAGUCGUGGUAGACUCGGACGAGGAAGAGAAGAAGCGCAACGCCGCAAGGAAGAAGAAGGCACACGCAGGAGGGGGCACUAGUACUCCCGCCAGUGGUACUAGCACGCCCAGACGGCCCAAACAGAAAUACCUCACCAUGGAUGAGAUCAAGAAGGCCGCGCCUGGUCUCAAUAUCCCGGAUGCGUUCACGCCGAUUCUAGACCUCACCGGGCCUGGUAAGAAGAUGCUCACCACCUCAUCGGGCCUGAUGACGCCAACGGGUGCGUCGGCUAUUCCAGAGACUUCUGAUCAGGCAGAAUCGAGGAAACUGGCACGGCGCGCACAGAACGACUUUAUGGCAAUAUUGGAAGAAUGGCAAAGCCUUCAGCAGCGCAAGGCUUAUGCAGAGUUGCAGCUGCAGCAAGAAAUGCAGGAGCUAGCUGAAUUAGAAGCAGGCCUGGCAGCACACCGAUCAACGGUGGAACAGUUGGGCCGCUUGUCUCUGGCUGAUGAGUCCGUUGAUGACGCGCAGCGGCGCUGGGACCUUGUCACCUCAAUACUGAAAGAGACCUCAUCAGCCAUGGCAGGAGCAGGGCAGGAAUCAUCAGGCGAGGAAAUCCGCGCCAUCGCCGUUGCUGCGCUGCAUCCCGUGUUUACUGAAGUCCUGCAGUUCUGGGAUCCACUAGAGGACGACCGAAAGAACAUAGUGAAGGACCUCCUCGACCUAUCAAACCUUGUUGGUAUCGCCCAAUCGCAAACAACAAAACAACAACAAUUCGCUUCCGAAGCCCUUCGCCACCACCGCCGCAAGCCCAACGCAUCACCUUACGAAACUAUGAUUUACAAGAUCUGGCUGCCACACGCAGCGCGUGCAGUCCGUGCUUGGGAUGUACACGAUACAGACCGUCUGCUCAACAUGUGGAAAACCUGGCUGCCCGUGCUCCCCGACUUCAUUCGCAAACAACUCCUGGAACAAGACAUUGUGCGCAAGCUCGAAGACGCGGUUGCCAAGUGGGAGCCCAAGAAGAGGAGAAAGCAUCACAACAAACCGCACAUGUGGAUUUUCCCUUGGCUGCAAUACCUUCCAGCCCAUCAUCUCGACCCCAAGAGCUCUUCGGGCCUGGUCUCCGAUGUCAAGCGCAAGUUCAGGCAGUUGAUCGAGGCAUGGGAGUUCGAGAAGGGUGUGAUCCCUGGCUUGGUCGCAUGGAAGGAUGUUCUCAGGCAAAGCAGCCAGAACGACCAGUGGCGACCGCUAGUCAUGGGACACAUUUUGCCCAGUAUUGCGCGUUAUCUGCGGAGAAAGUUUGAGGUUGACCCCGCAGACCAGGCGCCGUACAUGGACAUCUUGAAUGGGGUUCUUGAGUGGUCGCAAAUCAUCUCUGCGGAAGCGUUGGCCGAAAUUAUGGUUGCUGAGCUUUUCCCCAAGUGGCACAAUUGUCUGUACCAAUGGCUGGUCUCGGACUCUGUCGACUGGAUACAGGUGAUUGAAUGGUGUGAGUGGUGGAUGCAUUCAGUGUUCCCGGCUGAAAUACGAAACUGUCCAUCUAUCGCUGCAGAGUUUCUCAAGGGCCAGAGGAUGGUCGAUUUGGGAUUAGACCUGGGGGAUCGUAUAGCAGCUGAGCUCCCGCGCCCGAACAAGGACUCAGGUCGUGAAGCAAAAUCGGACCCGCCCUCACGAGCGCAACCCCCGCUGCCGAAGCAGGCACAUCAUCCCCAGCCAGCGACAACCGCCCAGCCCAAGACGGGGCCAGCAAGCUUCAGGCAGCAAGUGGAAGACUGGUGUGCGGCGCACGACCUGCAGUUCAUCCCGGAACGCAAAAAGGUGCAUGCAAAGGGACCGCUCUAUCGGAUCACGGCACGUGGCGACGGAAAGGGCGGGGUUCUGGGGUACUUUGGCGAGGACGCGCUGUGGUUUGAGAACAAGGGCAAGGAGAGCAUCGUGCGCGGCGAAGACGAUUUUUUCCUCAAGAUUGUACACCCCGGGCUGGCGGGCUAA